ACCAUUUGGGAUGGGGUAUGAUUGGUGUAUGGGCAGGUGGACCAGACCUGGGGCUUGAGUAGAACCUGGUGGUCUCAAGUUGCCUAGAAUGGGUCCGACGUUCUGGGAGGACAGGAAAGGCUGGAAUUAAGAGAGGCACCUGCUAGGACCCAAGGGCCAAGAAGUCUAGCGAGGGUGUAGGCUGGCCAGGGUGUUUCAACGCCUCCUCUCAUCUCAGGUCGAGACUGAGCUAUGGAGCAGCUCUCCCCCACAACCCCCCCUUUCCAAGCCUUCCGCCCAACCCCGGAGGCCUCCUCGGGUUUCCGCAGGGGCCGAGGGCAGGCGGGGGUGUCACGUGCUCAGGGCCUGGGGGCCGGUUGGUCAGUGGGCCGGGAGGGACCACUUUGCGGGCCAGAGACAAGGGUCGGGUGGGAGUUGGCGGUUAUAGAGAGUUCAGGGUGGCGACCCCGAGAGAAGAGCCCGCAAAGGAAAAUCUCAGAGGCGGGCAGGCGGGUAGCCGGCGCGGAGUACGCCCUGCCACGCAGUGACCCGGGGCGCGCGGGCGGAGCCCCUGAUCCCGGGUCCGGUCCUGGGGCGCGGUGCUCCGGCUGGGGAUGAGCUCCCCGCCACCCGCCCGCAAGGGCUUUUACCGCCAGGAGGUGACCAAAACGGCCUGGGAGGUGCGCGCCGUGUACCAAGACCUGCAGCCCGUUGGCUCUGGUGCCUAUGGUGCAGUGUGCUCUGCAGUAGACAGCCGCACUGGCAACAAGGUGGCCAUCAAGAAGUUGUACCGGCCCUUCCAGUCGGAGCUGUUUGCCAAGCGCGCCUACAGAGAGUUGCGCCUCCUCAAACACAUGCGCCACGAGAACGUCAUUGGGCUACUGGAUGUGUUCACACCUGAUGAGUCUCUGGACGACUUCACAGACUUCUACCUGGUGAUGCCAUUCAUGGGCACUGAUCUGGGCAAACUCAUGAAGCAUGAGACCCUGAGUGAAGACAGAAUCCAGUUUCUUGUGUAUCAGAUGUUGAAGGGGCUGAAGUAUAUCCAUGCGGCUGGUGUCAUCCACAGAGACUUGAAGCCUGGCAACCUGGCUGUGAAUGAGGACUGUGAGCUGAAGAUCCUAGACUUUGGCCUUGCCAGGCAGGCAGACAGUGAGAUGACAGGAUAUGUGGUAACCCGGUGGUAUCGGGCACCAGAGGUCAUCUUGAAUUGGAUGCGCUACACGCAGACAGUGGACAUUUGGUCCGUUGGCUGCAUCAUGGCGGAGAUGAUUACUGGGAAGAUCCUGUUCAAAGGCAAUGACCACCUGGACCAGCUGAAGGAGAUCAUGAAGAUCACAGGGACGCCCCCUCCUGAGUUUGUUCAGAAGCUACAGAGUGCAGAGGUCAGUGGGAGUGGGUGGUGGGCUGGACUUGGGCUUGGGGGCUGGCCUAUCACCCUUUUUCCCUCACAGGCCAAGAACUACAUGGAAGGCCUCCCUGAGUUAGAAAAGAAGGAUUUUGCCUCUGUCCUGACCAACGCAAGCCCUCAGGCUGUGAAUCUCCUGGAAAGGAUGCUGGUGCUGGAUGCGGAACAGCGGGUGACAGCAGCUGAGGCGUUAACCCAUCCAUACUUUGAGUCCCUUCGGGACACUGAGGAUGAACCCAAGGCCCAGAAAUAUGACGACUCCUUUGAUGAUGUAGACCGCACCCUUGAGGAAUGGAAGCGUGUGACUUACAAGGAAGUUCUCAGCUUCAAGCCUCCUAGGCAGCUAGGAGCCAGAGUUCCAAAGGAGACGGCUCUGUGACGACCUCUGGGUGGUUUGGGGGGUAUCCAAAGGAGGUUGGCUCGGAGCUUCACGGCACCUUGGCUUCCCUUCUCUGGAAAAGGAAUCCUGGUUAACACCCCGACAGUGCCUGGAGCUUGUAUCCCAAGUCUUCCACCUGGACAUGCUGUGUAGACCCUUGAAUCAUGAACCCUCCAUCUCCAAACCUGUUCUUCGGCUUUCGAGUGCCCCAGAUGACCCUGGAAGAACAUCUAAGCUUUCUGUCCAAGACCCCUACCCAACAUGGGACUAGCCUUUGAAUUCUGGAGUUGUACAUGAAAUCAGUAUUCGUGAAAAAGCUUCAGAGUGAGCAGAGCUUAGGAGACAAGUGCCAGACCUGAGCUCUGCUCGCUCUGGACAAUGCCAAGGCCAACUCCUGAGACGGAAUGAGACAGAGGUUUUGGGGACACUGACUCAGGGACAUCAUCUCUUCUGGAAGUGGGUGGAUUCUCUUACACCCUUAGCCUGGAAUUCGAACCAGCCAUUUGGUGUUGCCUAAGUGGCUGGGGGCAAAUAAACCCUUUUGUAGAUCUCCCA